CUAUAUGUAUUCCAGGACCUUGGCUACCGCGGUAACAUCAAAUUGUCAGCCGCCUCUGGUGUAUUCUCAGUCGUGCCCGCAUUUAGCCAACUCUCUACAAUCUCGGUGCCAGAGGCGACCAUCUCAUCAUAGUAGCGUUCAACACGACUGGCCCUUGGAUAUCUCUCUCCAGGGCUCGCUAUGGUUAGAAAUAAUUAGUGCCUGCAAUUUUCAAUGACAAAUUGCCAGCUAAUCUCUAAUGCUCUGCAUCUGUGCCUGUUACGUCACCGCCAGCUUCUCUCUGCUCAUCCCGCAGCUCAUCUCUCUCAUCAACUAACUACCGCCUACACUGCGAGUCACAAAUCGCAACAAUGAACACUCGCCCGGUCAUAGAGUCCUCCAAAGAACAGCCCGCCCUCUCCGUCGCCUUUAACGACGACUCGAGUCGCUUCGCUGUCGGCCUGGAUUCUGGUUUUUGCAUAUUCCAAGCAAGUAAAUGCCAGUUGCAAACGGCCAGAGUCUUCAACGCUGGCCUCGGCCUCGUUCAUAUGAUGGGUAAUGCCAACUUCCUUGCUCUAGUAGGGGGUGGUCGUUCUCCCAAAUUUCCCCAGAACAAAGUCAUUAUCUGGGACGACAGUAAAGGAAAAGUGGCUUUUGAGAUCGCCUCCUUGACAGCUGUUCGUGGCGUUCAGAUCACGAAAACUCGUGUUGUAGUGGUCCAGCAAAACAGUGUGCGCCUCUAUGCUUUUGAGAAACCUCCAAAGCCACUGGCCAAAUAUGAGACCACGGACAACUUACUAGGUCUGUGUUGUCUAACUGAUAAAUACCUCGUCUUUCCUGGGAGAACCGCGGGCCAUGUUCAGGUUGUACAAUUAGCCACGGACAGUGUGAGCAUUUUGCCAGCCCACUCAUCGGCCCUCAGGGCUCUUCAGCUCAGCGCAGACGGCGACUUACUUGCAACAGCGAGCGAAAAGGGGACAAUUAUACGCAUCUUCGCGACCAGUAGUGGGGCAAAAUUGGCAGAGAGAAGGCGAGGCAGUGAAAACGCCACGAUAUUUUCAUUACGCUUUAGUCCGUCGGGGAAUAUGCUAGCCUGCACAUCGGACAAAGGCAAUCUACACAUCUUCGACGUACCUAAACUACGUAGACCUUCGUCCUCUACAGCCCGCCCGGCGCCCCCCGUCCCACCAUCCGGUGCUUCUAGCCUCUCUACAGGCACAAAUCCCAGUGCAGAUGCAACUAAUAAAUGGGGAAUUCUGAGCAACAUUCCAUUUGGGCCCUUCUCAGACGUCUAUUCAUUUGUCUCCUGCCCUUUCGAGACGGGAAGUGAGCCUUUGUUGAAUAAUCAGAAUAUGCGUCGCCUGAGUGACAAUGCUGUCUUGGGGACAACGCGUCCAGUGAAGGGGGUCAUUGGAUGGAUCGACGAGAACAGCCUUAUAGUCGUAGGCGCCGGGCAAGAUGCACGAUGGGAGAAAUUCAUCCUACGACAAGGCGAGGAUGGCCGUUACGUGUUGAUCCGAGAAGGAUGGAAAGGGUAUCUAACAGAAUGAACACGGUAAAUUUACGCUUAUGCCGUGGUUGUGGCUUCGGGAUGAUAUUCAAAACUGCAUAUGUCGGCUAUGUGGCGGCAACGGUUGUUUACAAUUGACGUUGGCGAGGAGUAUGGUAACAAGGAAAGAGGGGCGUUUAGGGACACGGACUGGAGCAA